AAAAAGUAAGAUAAAUAAACAACUUAAUUCCAAAAAUAAGGUUCGUGAAAACUUAUUUUCCAAAAUAAGCGGCCGUACAUCCAAGCUUAGCCUCGGGUAAAAUCGCUGUUAGUAACAGCGAAAGAGGAUAAAAAAAUAAUAAAAUAAAACCCCAAAGUCGCUGUUAGUAACAGCGACUUUGGGCCUUUAUAUUUUUUUUUUCCUUCUUCCUCAUUCCAAUAUACGAGUUUAUUUUCUUCAAAACCACUCACGACAUUUGCUUCCUUCUUCCUCCAUUAAAAGCACAUUCAAUCCUUCAACUAAAGUCAUCAAAUUUAAAAUUUGUAUCACUAAUUAGUUUUGUAAGCUUCGUACAUCGACUUAAGGUAAUUUUUUUUUGUUUUGUUUCAAUUUUAGAAAAAUUAGGGUUUAUUUUUAAAUGUUGGUUUUGCUGAAUUUUAAUCAAAUUUUACAUUAAUGUAGGCUCAUAAACUUGCAAUUUACUAAGUCUUGUUGAUCUACAGCUUAUUGAGAAAUGGAUUCAUUUCGUGUGACUGUUGUAUGCUUUUGGAAUGGUUCAAUUCGAUCAACUAGUAACAAUGUUAAGUAUGUUGGGGGAAGACGUAAAUUGUUUGCAAGCAAUUCAUACAUGGAUUUGAAUGAAUUUAAACAUUUUAUAUGCUCUAGGAUUGGGAUUGACACUACAAGAAGUACUAUCAAUUUAAGUUUUAAGUACAAUCUUAGUGGAGAUUUGUUAGCUUUUCCACUUGAGGAUGAGGAGGCUAUAGAUGCAAUGUGGGUAUAUUCAAGGUCUACCCCUAGUCCUUCUUUAGAGUUAUAUGUAGAAGAGGUACCCCUAGGGAAUGAAGAUAUCAAUGUUGUGGAAACUAAUGCAUUCAUGAAUAUAACUUCUUCUGCUCCUUCUCAUACGCCCUUCCCUACCCAAGAAACCCAAAAUCCCUUAAUGCCAUCUUCCUCUUAUCCUUCUAAUGAACCCAAUCAACUUCAAUUUCAAGUCACAAAUGAUGAUACUUUGAACUUAGAAGAUACAAAUGAGCCGUGGGAUGAUGUUAAUAGUGAGAGUAAUGAAUUCGUAGAAGCUCCGUCUGAGGACGAUGUGGGUGUUGACGAGGAGGCUCUAGCUAAUGACAUGACCUUAGGAAACAUUCCAACAAUCGUUGCUCCUACACCCUAUGCACUGGUUCCCCCUCUAGAUGAACACAUUGAGGACAAUUCUUGGAGGUCUUGGGAUUGUGAUACAACCUACACCGACGAAGGAGAGUUUCAAAAGGGUAUGAUGUUUGAUAACAAAGAUGCGUUGUUGGACGCUGUUAGAUUGUAUCAUAUUCGUAGGAACGUUGAGUACCGAACUGAGACUUCAAAUCAAAUCGUGCUCACGUUGAAGUGUAAGAGAGGGUGUGGUUGGAGGCUUAGGGCUACGAAGAGCUCCUAUUCACCAUUAUGGGAGAUUGUUACGUAUAAAGGGAAGCAUGGGGGUUGUGUGCUAAGUACUGAAAAUGUGUCAGUUGGACACAUUCAUUUGACAUCUUCCGUGAUUAACAAUCUUAUUAGAAGUUGUGUUGCUCAAGACCCAUCAAUUAAGGUCUUUGUCGUGCGUCAAAUGGUAAAAGACCAAUUUGGUGUCGAAGUGACCUAUAAGAGGGCAUGGUGUGCUAAACAGCAAGCCCUUCUCUCCAUCUAUGGUACAUGGGAAGAUUCUUAUCCUCUUCUUCCACGCUUCUUGAAGGCACUGCAACUUUCCAACGCGUGUUUUGGGCUUUCCAACCUAGUAUUGAGGGAUUCAAGUAAUGCAAACCCGUUAUUGCCAUUGACGGAACACAUUUGUAUGGUAAGUAUUGCCAUACGUUGUUGACUGCCAUUGCCCAAGAUGGGAACAAGGGAAUCUUCCCGCUUGCCUUCACCUUGGUUGAAAAAGAAUGCAUAGCCGCGUGGUCUUGGUUUAUGGCCUGUGUUCGGAAGCAUGUGAUGCAUAGUCCAGGGUUAUGCGUUAUUUCCGAUAGACAUGCGGGCAUUCUAGCAACCAUGGAGGAGCCGGAAUGGCAACCUCCGAAUGCCCAUCAUAGGUUUUUCCUGCGCCAUUUGUUAAGUAACUUCAACCGUCAAAUGGGUAACGUGAAGUUGAAGAUGUAUGGAAGGACUGCAGAGCAAAGACAACCACAUAAGGUCGUCGAGGGAUUGAAGGCCAUUGGUGUUGCUAAUCGGGAAGCACUUUUUUGGAUUGAUGAUGUUGGUGAAAUGUGUAAAAGGUCAUUAUGUCACGAUGGAGGGUAUAGGUAUGGUGUUACUAAUACCAACUUAGCCGAAGUAUUCAAUAACGUGAUGAAGGGUGCGCCAUGUCGCUCGUUGGGAGCACAGGUUAGAGCUGCUGGCCCAGGGUGCGCCGAUCCACGCUGCAGGCGCACCUACUACGGCGGAUUACAUGCCGUGGUUACUCUCCAUCACUCGUCGAUGGAUGACACCACGAGGUAUCAUGGCAGCAGCCCAGUACGCUCUCGCAGCACCGACGAUGACACACUUUGCACAGGGCAUUGCAUCAGUCAUCAGCUCCUCCCAAGAGGAGCCCGUACGGGAGAUUGCCCAAGGCAUACUCCGAGGGACGCAGUUUCAAGACUUCAUUCCGGAAGUGACUGCGCCCGACACCAGUAUGUACGAGUACGGUUCAUCUCCUCAUCAUGCCGACGUUCAUCUUGAGGAGGUUGACUUAACGUGCCCGGACUACGGUGCCGGGUCCUCACAGGGUGCCACAUCAUCACACUAUGUAUCACCUCCCCUACCCGAGCGUCAUGGGACUGCAUCUUACUAUCGUAGGAGGCGUCGUAAACCGUCACAAUUAGACCGGGUACAGGAGGAGGAUUAGCAUUACAAUAGUGUUUGUAUAUUUUGAAGAUUAGUGACAUUUUGUAUAUAUUGAACACUUGUACAUAUUCAGUAUUUGUAACAUAUUGACUUUUGUGUAUAAUUUGUAAUAUAUGUGUACAUGUAUAUACUUUAAUCGUAUUAUCAAACGUUAAUUAUGAAUGAAAUGAUGUUAAAUACUCCGACUUUUCGGCGAUGAAUCGUUCCGCCAAGAAUGCAGUAUGAAUUUAAUCAAAAACAAACAAACAUUCAUAUUCAAA